CGCAAUCGAUGGACUUCCAGUAACUUUUGAAAUUAUCAAGAAGAUUACUGAAAGUGACAAGAUAUUGAGCACAGUUAAAUGCUAUCUUACGACCAAAUGGCCAAACAAUCGUCUUGAUGGAGAACUCUUGCAAUAUUUUCGUCGACGGGACUCACUAAUGAUUGUCGACUCGUGUAUUAUGUUUGGUGAUCGAAUUGUUAUUCCGAAGUUAUUACGUCACAAGGUUCUCAAGCAGUUCCACAGUGGCCACCCUGGAAUCAAUAAAAUGAAAUCGUUGGCUCGUAGUUAUGCUUAUUGGCCGUCAAUGGACAAAGAUAUCGAGAAUAAAUGCCGUAACUGUCCAUCAUGCAUUCAAGCUGCUAAAAAUCCUUUGAAAUGCGAACCUCAGUAUUGGCCAACGCCUGCAGGACCCUGGGUAAGACUUCAUGCAGAUUUUGCUGGUCCAAUCCAUGGAAAAAUGUUUCUAAUUAUCGUAGACGCAUUUACUAAGUGGCCAGAAGUAUAUACCAUGGCAAAUUGUACAACGUCAGAAACAAUCCACAAGUUGUCUACCUUAUUUAGCUGCUUCGGAGUUCCAGAGAUCGUAGUAACUGAUAAUGGCUCGCAAUUCAUUGCAGAAUCGUUUAAGUAUUUCUGUAACGCAAAUGGAAUAACUCAUCUUCGUUCUCCGCCCUAUCAUCCACAAUCGAACGGACAAGCAGAACGCUUUGUGGACACUUUUAAACGAGCACUACUGAAAGGGGGAGGCGAAGGGACAACUGGACAGGUAAUCACAAAAUUUCUGACAACCUACAGAACCACUCCGAACCCAAAUGUUCCAGACGGUAAGUCUCCUGCCGAAGCCAUGUUUGGAAGGCGUAUUCGAACCGUUUUCAACGCCAUGUUGCCAUCGAAAUUUGUGUACGGGCACAAUCAAAAUCCAAAUAUGCGGAACUUUAAUGUCGGCGACGAAGUUUUCAUUAAAUCCUACACCGGAAAGAACCGAUGGGAGCCGGGAAAAAUUGUACAAAAGUUAGGAAAAGUUCUGUACAGAGUCCGAGGAACUUUUGGAACAUGUAUACGACAUACGAAUCAAAUCCAUAAGGACAAAAGAACGAUGCAGACUCGAAAUAACCGGCCAAAAUUCCCGUUAGAGUCAACCUUGGACGUACCAACGAUACAUAUGCCCAAGGACACUGAAAGGAAGCCUUGGAUAAGGAAGACGACAAGAAUAAUGAGACACCACCGCAACCCAGUUGUCAAGCUACAAAUAAAUCCUAGAAAGAAAUCUUAUUCGGGGGAGGUGUUGGGAUGACCACCGAGAAGCCACCCACGUACAUAGUCGAUUGACUAAGUUAUCGAUUAAUUUAUCGAUCAGAUGUUAAGUAUUUGAAUAGCAGUCAAUUGAUUAACUUAUUGAUGAAUGUUUAAGAAUUUUUAAAUGACAAUAUUGAUUAUGUAUAUAAUUUUGUAUAAAUACUCAUGUUUGAUUGUAUAUUUUGAUUCUUGUCAAUAAGUGCUCACAAACGUCUUUCGUCUUCUUACUUGAGAGCGAUUGGAGGUUAUAACGUUCGAGUGUCAUCCGUUAUAGAGUCUUUUCGUGCGUAUUCGAGUAGAGAACUUAACAGU